AAACGGAUAAGAUUCAGAGGAUAGCGGGUCACGGCUUCAUGGUGAAGAAGCGAGCCAUUCAAGACUCUCGCGGUAACUACAUACACCUGACAUAUCAAGAUUUUGUGUUCUGUGCCUUUAUUUAGCGUCCCACCACUUAGCCCUGUAUAUACAUUCCUAGAGGGUGGUGUUGGUGAGACAUGGACAUCAAACACAAGGAGGUGGUGGACUGGCUGCGGGAAGUCUAUGGGGAGGAGCAGAUCCCUCCUUAUGAGAAGACUGAGCGUAGCAUCACCAUUCUGCACCAGCUCAUGACAGCUAGCAGGUGUUCAGAAGACAAUGCAAAGAUACUGGCAGAUGACUAUGUCACUAAAACUGCAGAAUACAGUGCUGAAGCUAGACAACUGAAGGGGUGGCUGGACCCAGUGAACAUCUCCCCAAACACGUUAUCUGAGGAGGGGCAGACUCGCCUCUCAUCCUUGGCACACACAGCUGAAAUACUAGAUGUUCAAAUCCCAACAUGUACCAACGUUAUCCUGGCCAUGAAUGAGCUAGAAAUGAACCAUAUGCAGAUGCUGGUCAAGAGGAAGCAGAUGCAAACCCAGAGUAGUCGUCUCCUGGAGAUGAAUCGGGAGGUUUCAAAGAAGUUAGAGGAGAUCCGAGGGAUACAUCAGCAGGCAGAGCUGACCUGGCAGCAGCAACAGGAGGAACAUGCCAGGAAUGUGAAGCAGGAGGAGUUUAUGAACUUGAAAUGUAAUAACUAUGCAGCAGACAUCUGCAACUAUGAGGCCAAUCUGAAUAAGGUGGGCAUGACCAGUAGUAUCACCCAUCAGGCCCUUGCAAUACAGUGGGCUGAGCUGCAGGAAUUGGAGAAGCAGGUGAGUCAGCUGGAGGACCAACUGAAGAGCUACACUCUGCCUCCUGACAUAUCCCUGGCCCAGGUAGAGGUGGGAGCUGCCCGCCAGGAAUUAGCCUCAAUAAUGGAAAGUGUGGCUGCAGCCUGCAAAUAGGCCAGCCAUCCUUGAGGUGACCCCUGGCCCUUGAUUCCCAUUCUAAUGAGCUCAAAUUAUGCUACUUUUAUCUCACCACAGAUGCCUCUAAAGUGGAACAUUCUUUACUGUAAGGCUUGUAAAGAAUGGAUUUAUAUGCAAAUUGAAUGAAAAUAAGAAACAUUGUGUGUACUAUUUAGUAUUGAAAAUUUAUAAAACUAGAUUCAUUAAAUACACAUUUAUCUUAUCCUCAAUGAUGAAUGGAUGGUAUAUGUAGAGAUAAAAAGGAAAAAAAUAGACUAUGUAAUGGACUAACUACCAAGUCAUGCCUAUAAAUGGGGCUUGUUUGUGGAGAACAGUGACCAAGGAUCCAUGCCAUUGAAGUAACUUGAGAAGUGCCUGUAAUGUUUGGAGAAUGGAUGAAUGGUGAAAAUAAUAAAGUAAUGAAACGUGGAAUGACUGAAGAAAACAGACAAAGAUGACCAUCACAUCCUGAGUGGAUCCUUACCAACCUUGAUUACCUAUCUUGUCAACUUUUUCCUCCACUUCAAAUCAGUCUCUGGUGUUUCUAUUUAUUCUACCAGGAACAGACUUUCAUUUUCUCUAAUUUUUCCCUUUGGAGAUGCUUUUAUUUUUGUUUUAUUUUAUUUUAUUUAAUCUGUUAUCUAUUCAUUUACAUAUUUAUUUCUGAUGGUGUGUAGUGAAGCCUCUUCAGAAAAACAUAAAUGAUCCUCCUCCUUAGAGCUUACACUCUUGCCACCAGUGUAACCCCUUCAAAAGCUUCAUAGAAACAUUAAUAAACCAGUUUAACGAUGGGAUGAAUUGCCUAUGAGAAACUGUUACCAGGAUUUGAACCUUUGGCAGGACACUCAUGGUAAUGUGAGUACAAAACAUCUGAUUAGGAUGAUCAAGGACUGAAUGAAUUUUGGACAACCCUGACUUGCUUAUCCCUGCAAUGGCUCAACCCUUUAGAUCAACUUGUGACUUCCAUCAUGAGUUGAAUAACAUUGGUGGCAGCAGUGAAAAUUCCUACAUGGUAUGGUGUUCCAUUGGGACCUCUGCUAUGUUCAAAUAAGUAGUUUGUUCAAUAUCAUUAGUGAGCUUUAAAAAUUCUUAAGUUAGUAAGAUGUCUAAAUAAAGAUGCUGAAAA